AUGAGAGAAGUCAUCUCCGUCCACGUUGGCCAGGCCGGUGUCCAGAUCGGAAACGCCUGCUGGGAACUCUACACCAUCGAGCAUGGGCUGAGCCCAGACGGUCGUAUCGAGCAUGGCAAGCCUUCUGGCGACAGCGGAUUCUCGACUUUCUUCUCUGAGACUGGCGCCGGCAAGUACGUGCCCCGCUCGCUCUACGUCGAUCUCGAGCCUGGUGUCAUCGAGGAGGUGAAGACGGGCCCCUACCGCUCGCUCUUCCACCCGGAGACGAUGAUCACCGGCAAGGAGGACGCGGCCAACAACUACGCGCGUGGUCACUACACCAUCGGUAAAGAGCUCAUUGACCCCACCAUGGACAAGCUCCGCAGACUCGCGGACAACUGUGAUGGUCUUCAGGGCUUCUUUGUGUUCCACUCCUUCGGUGGUGGAACUGGAUCUGGUUUCGGUGCUCUCCUCCUCGAGCGUCUCUCGACCGAUUACGGGAAAAAGUCGAAGCUCGAGUUCUGCGUUUACCCUGCACCUCAGCUUUCCAGCUCCGUCGUCGAGCCCUACAACUCCGUUUUGACGACUCACACGACCCUCGAGCACUCGGACUGCUCCUUCAUGGUUGACAACGAGGCCAUCUACGACAUUUGCAAGAAGAGGCUCAAUGUCUCCCAGCCGGGCUUCACCAACCUCAACAGGUUGAUUGCCCAGGUCGUCUCCUCUGUCACCGCGUCCCUCCGGUUCGACGGUUCCCUCAACGUCGAUCUUAACGAGUUCCAGACCAACUUGGUUCCCUUCCCCCGUAUUCACUUCCCCUUGGCUACUUACUCGCCUCUGCUCUCCGUCGAGAAGGCUGGUCAUGAGCAGAACUCCGUUUCUGAGAUGACCUUCUCUUGCUUCGAGACCGGCACCCAGAUGGUGAAAUGUGACCCCAAGGAGGGCAAGUACAUGGCCUGCUGCUUGCUCUACCGUGGAGAUGUCGUCCCCAAGGACGUUUCAGCCGCCGUUGCCAGCAUCAAGACCAAGCGUACCAUCCAGUUCGUCGACUGGUGUCCUACUGGUUUCAAGCUCGGUAUCUGCAACGAGCCCGCCGCCCAGGUCCCUGGCGGUGAUCUCGCGAAGACUAGCCGCAGCGUCUGCAUGCUUUCCAACACCACUGCUAUCGCUGCUGCCUGGAACCGCCUCGACUACAAGUUCGACCUCAUGUACUCGAAGCGUGCCUUCGUUCACUGGUACGUCGGUGAGGGUAUGGAGGAGGGCGAGUUCUCUGAGGCGCGUGAAGAUCUUGCCGCCCUUGAGAAGGACUACGAAGAGGUCGGCACCGACUCUGCCGAGCCUGAGGAGGAGGGCGAGUACUAA